AAUCACAUGUGGAAAAAAGUAAAGCUUUGGGACUGAUAUUUUGGGCUGUUGGUAGUAUUGUGUGAGUAUGUGUAUGUAUGUGUGUGUAUGUGUGUAUGUAUGUAUAUAUCUGUGUAUGUAUGCACACACACACACACACACCAUUAUAUAAAUAACCCAAAAUAGAAUUAAGCAAAUAGUACAUUUUAAAUCUUAAGUUAUCCCUUAGAAUUUGCAUGUCUGGCACCACCACAAACUUUAACAAGUGUUCAUCAGUGUGCAGGCCACAGGUGCUUAGUUAACACACAGCUGUGGAUCUGGACCAUCCACCUUGUACAUACCAGAGUUAUGGCUUUCACUAUCCUGCCAAGUGUCCACAAAAAUGGCAUGCCUCUGGGACCAGGCUUGUUUGUGUCGAGCCUCAAGCCGUCCCUGCCAAUCCCCUCCACCCGAAGCCGACUCCCCAGCAUGUCCAGCACUAAGGUCAGCUUAUCAGAUGACGGGGAGGACGUUCAGCUGAUCACGCAGCAGAAUGGCAUAUCCUCCAAGGACAUGGAGGCGGGGGGCAAGAGAACCAAGAACGUAGGCCUGCAGCACCCGCGGGCAAUCCUCUUCCUGGUGCUGUGGUACAUCUUUAGCGGCAUUACCCUCUUCCUCAACAAAUAUAUCCUCACAUACCAAAAUGCCGACCCCCAUGUCCUUUGCGGUAUGCAGAUGCUGAUCACCAUGGUAUGUGGGCUCAUCCAACUGCGUUAUCCCCUGGGCACGUACAAGCCAGUAUUGGGCCAGAAGAAACCAGCCAAUUUUGUCAAGGGGAUGGCUACCCUUGGCCUACUCCAACUGGGGACCAUAAUGUUUGGUUUGAUUGCCAUCUACUUUGUGGCAGUUAGCUUUGCUGAAACUGUCAAGAGCUCAGCACCUCUGUUUACAGUCUUGAUUGCAUGGCUAUACUUGGGUGAAAGAACAGGUGCUUUUGUCUUCUUGUCGUUGAUCCCAGUGAUGCUUGGACUUGCUCUUUGCUCCAGCAACGAGCUCUCCUUUAGCCUAAUUGGUUUUGUCUGUGCCUUAACCACUAAUUUGUGUGAGUGUGUUCAGAGUGUGGUCUCCAAGUCCCUUCUCUCCAAUAAAGCCUAUAUUUACAAUCCAGCUGAGUUGCAGUUCUACCCCAACCUGGCUGCUGUCAUGCUUCAGGUGCCCACCUGGUACUUCUUGGUAGACUUCAAUAAACUCAGCCAACAUAUGAGCAAGAAUCUGGCCAUGGCCAUUCUGCUUGAUGGAAUCUCCUUCCACGGCCAGACAAUCACCGCUUAUGUCCUCAUGUCUUAUGUCAAUCCUGUGACUUAUAGUGUUGCCAAUACCACCAAAAGAGCCUUCCUGAUCUGGCUGUCAGUGCUCCUGUUUGGCAACCCUGUGACCCUGCUGAGUGGCGUUGGGACGGCCGUGGUCAUUGCGGGAGUGCUGCUCUAUAGCAAGGCUCGGGAUUUAGAUGCCAGGAGAAGAGAGCAGUUCUCCAUAACUCAGGAUAAGAUGAAUAACAUCAGAUAAAGCUUUAUAAUUAUAUCGUUUGUCCUGGAUUUUCUUUCUUUUUUUUUCUAGUUUUAGGUAUUUUUGUAUAGAUUAUUUAUUUUUGUGCUGAGGGGUGAUGAUGUACUUAAUAUUUAAAGAAUAGUUUUUUUUUUUUUUUAUGAAAUUUGAGUCACUCUGAUUUAAGGGCUUAGUUUUAUUUUAUAAUCUUAUUCAGAUUUGAAAUUUUAGUAUAGAUAUAUUAUAAUAUUUUUUAAAGUGUGAUUUAAUUUCUUUUUAAAGGUGGGACAGUUUUAAUCAAUACAUUUCCAUUUAAAAAUGCAUUUCUGUUGUAUGAUGAUAUUGAAAAUGGUGAUACAGCAAGGAACAGGUGCCAUUUAAAUCACUAAUGUUCCAGUGUGUACAUGGUUGGUAUGCACAAGAAUUUUUCAUUUGCUUUCAUAGUGGUAUUUGGAGGAGUUUGUCAUAAAAUAGCACCAUACCAGUCAAAUAUAUUUUGCUCUAUAUAUCACGUGAAAUAAGCACAUCCAUGUCUGCAAUUAUACCUAUCCUGAGGCACCUCAUCACAACAGGCUGCCUUCCAGUGAUAAUGAGUUUGUUAUCCCGUGUCAUAGAGAAGAGGAUUGUUCAGGAGAAUGAGCAAGCACCUAUAGCCAGUUCAUUGGCUGGUAACCUCUCAUCCGCAUUUCCUUCUUACUCAAGCAUCUGGACCAAGAUAGUGAACCUUUUAGGCAUAGUGGCUGGAGUUGUAAUGAAGAUUUCAGUUGCUGUGUUGAGACAAAAAAGAAUUGUGCCAAUCAGUUUUAUAGUAGAUGUCUGCUAGAUUCAGUGUAGAUAUGAGGGAAUGGAUGAGAAAUUAAAGGUUUUAUAUUAAGUGAAGUACCAGGUGGCAAUGAUUAAAAGGCACUGCAAAACAGGAUCAAGCAAUGAUUUACAGUACUUGGUUGAUCCUACAUAGAAAAGGUAUUUUAGAAAACAGUAUAGCAAGGUUGUGAGAAUUUUUUAAAGCUUUAUUUUUUACUGAAGAGUUUAAUACAACUAAAGCAGCUCACAGAAAUUAAUGAGAAGGUGUUUAUAUAAAUGUUAGAGAGAUAGUAUUUGAUAAUAUGCGUUUUGGAAAAUUAUUUUAUAUAAUUUUUAGGAGCUCUGAAGUUCCUGUAUUUGACUUGAUUUUAUUUACAAUAUAGUACAUUGGUAAUCGUUUGAUUAUAAUGUUAAGCAAUAAACAGAAAGUAUACAUUGCAAAAAAUCUAUUUUAAAAGAUACAUGUUAUUACUAAGAAAGGGACAUUUGUGGUUAAAAUUUUGAUUAUUAUUCAUAGGUUAUUAAUAAUUAUAACCUCAAGUUUUCUUAAUGAAGUAAAUGCAAACUUUGGUUAUGCAGUUCAUAUCAUAUCAUAUCUUUAUCACUAACUAAUUUUGUUAAUAUUUAAUUACUUGUUUUAAUUUCUUUUAACAAGAGAACUGCACAGUCAAGAAAUGGAACCAUCCUCUUAAUAGAGAACAUGAAAUAAAACCUCUUCAUGAUAAAGCAAAUGUCGCACUUAAGACCAGCAAAUGCCAUAUGUCGCAGUUAUUGGGGCUGAUAUACAGAAUUUGAUAUAUGUGGUUAGUAAAGUGGUUAGUAUUCACACUCAAAAUUUAAAGGGAAGAUCCUUUGUUUUUUCCUUUUUUGUGUGUGUGGAUGUCAUAUAGUUCCUGAAUGAUUUUGUUUUUAUCAUUGCAUAUUCUAUUUUCUUUAUAAUUUUGCUGUUGAUAGUUGUUGCUUUUACAGAUUACUGUUUACUAACAGUUAGUUACUAAUACAUUCCUCUAAAGUUGAUAGUCAGUUUCUUGUAACAAGAAUAUGUAGCAUCUGGGGAGAUUACAGUAUGAAAUAUUAGAUAGUAUAUAUAAGCUCAAAUCUUGGUUUAUUGUAAGUUAUGAAGAAAGUUAGCUCAUUGUAGAUAUAUUUUAUUUUUUAUUCUUUGUCUUUUUUUUCAAUACAUGAUAUGAUUUUU